AUGGCAGAGCCCGGAGCCGAGACGGUACUUCCUAUCCGUGAAGGAGAAGGCGUGAAGAAGGCCGCUGCAGAACAAGAGAUCAACCCUUGGGACGUGCAGGCUGCAAUCGACGAGCAUGGAAAUGCUCUCGCAUUUGACUACGAAGCUAUCUCAAAAAAGUGGGCGACGAAACUUAUCGACGACGAGCUUCUCCAACGAUUCGAGCGUCUUACGGGCCACAAACCACACCGCUGGUUAAGACGAGGGCUUUUCUUCUCCCAUCGCGAUUUCGACAGGAUCCUUGACAGAUAUGAGUCUGGGGAACCUUUCUUCAUGUACACUGGACGGGGUCCUUCGAGUGAUGCGCUACAUCUGGGACAUACAAUCCCUUUUUCCUUUACGAAGUGGCUGCAAGAUGUGUUUGAUGUUCCUUUAGUUAUUCAGCUUACAGAUGACGAAAAGGCUCUCUUCAAGGAGAAGCUCACAUUCGAAGAUACUUACAAAUUCGGUCUACAAAACGCCAAGGAUAUCAUCGCACAAGGCUUUGAUCCCAAGAAAACAUUUAUCUUCAGCAAUCUGGAAUAUAUGGGUGGCCCAUUCUUGAUGAAUACCUGGGAGUUCGCCAAAUUGGUCACAUUCAACCAAGUGCGAGGAGCCUUUGGAUUCAACGAGAGCACCAACAUCGGACGAAUCAUGUUCCCGUCAGUACAGUGUGUGGCUGCAUUUGCGACGUCGUUCCCCGAAAUCUGGUCCGAUCCGCCUGCAAAGGACCGAACAAAGGCAAUCGCGAAGAUUCCCGUCUUGAUUCCUAUGGCGAUUGACCAGGACCCUUAUUUCCGACUUGUACGAGAAAACGCUCACCGCAUGCGAUUCCCCUCGCCAAAGCCCGCAUUGAUACACUCCAAGUUCCUCACUGCUCUGCAAGGCGCUGGCGGUAAGAUGAGCGCCAGUGACCCCAAUUCUGCAAUCUUUAUGUCGGAUACACCGAACCAGAUUAAGAACAAAAUCAACAAACACGCGUUCAGCGGUGGACGAGAGACUCUGGAAGAGCAUCGAGAAUUAGGCGGUAUUCCGGAGAUUGACGUCGCAUUUCAAUAUAUCUCAUACUUUGAAGAAGACGACGAAAAACUCAAGGACAUCGAGAACAGCUACCGACGCGGAGAGCUACUCACCGGGGAAUUGAAAAAGAUGGCCAUCGAACUGAUCCAGCAGUACGUCAAGGAAUUCCAAGAGCGAAGGAAAGAGGUCUCGGACGAAAUCUUGAAACAAUUCAUGACACCUCGUAAACUGGAAUGGAAGGGAAACCCCAAUCCGAAACCGAAGGAGACUGCCAAAAAGGAGAAGGAAGCCAAGUCGGAGAAGAAGUGA